CUCCCGUGUUAGGUUGAGUCGGCCCCGCCUCCUCGGAGCGGCCGGGAGGAGCCAGCGGCCGCCAUUGUCAUUGGGGCACCUGAGCCUCGAAGAGAAACCUGCAGAGUUCUUCCUCUUUUGCUCUUGACCUAAGGGAGGGGCCACAACCCGACUUUCGAAGCCCUAAAGUGUGGCAGAGGGGCUACGCAGGCCACCGUAGCAUCGAUCUCCGAGGGACGCGGGUUUCCGCCAGCUUGUUUGUCAUGGUUUCGGGGGCCACGUGAUCUUUGCCCAGUAUCCCGAGGUUUCCGAUUUCCCGUAGUCCUAUUGCUUUUAGUCUCGAGGGUACCGACAUUGUCUCUACUUCCCCGGAAUAACUGCUUCACGGUUCUCUGAGAAGCCUGGUUUCUUUUACAUAGAUCUGUAGAAAACAUCUGGGGAAAAUGACACACUGGUUUCAUCGGAACCCACUAAAAGCCACUGCACCUGUCUCCUUUAAUUAUUAUGGUGUAGCUACAACUCCUGCAGCUUCAAAAAUUUGCAAUGAUUUGAGAUCAUCAAGGGCACGACUGCUUGAGCUGUUCACUGAUUUGACCUGUAACCCAGAAAUGAUGAAGAAUGCAACAGAUUCCUACUUUUCUCUUUUGCAAGGUUUCAUAAAUUCAUUGGAUAACUCUACCCAAGAAAGCAAAUUGAGAUACAUUCAAAACUUUAAGUGGACUGAUACAUUACAAGGUCAUGUUCCAAGUGCCCAGCAAGAUGCUGUGUUUGAAUUGAUUUCCAUGGCUUUUAAUGUAGCCUUAUGGUAUACCAAAUAUGCAUCAAGAUUGGCUGGAAAAGAAAACAUAACAGAAGAUGAAGCAAAAGAAGUUCAUAAAAGCCUAAAAAUUGCAGCUGGGAUUUUCAAACAUUUGAAGGAAAACCAUAUUCCCAAACUUAUCACACCUGCAGAAAAAGGCAGGGAUUUGGAAGUUCGACUCAUAGAUUCCUACAUUAUUCAAUGUCAAGCUGAAGCUCAAGAAGUUACAAUUGCUCGAGCAAUUGAACUCAAACAUAAUCCAGGCCUAAUUGCUGCUCUGGCAUACGAAACAGCAAAUUUCUAUCAAAGAGCUGAUCACACUUUAUCCAGUUUGGAGCCUGCAUAUACUGUUAAAUGGAGGAAAUACCUUCACUUGAAAAUGUGUUUUUACACAGCUUAUGCUUACUGCUAUCAUGGUCAGACUUUGCUGGCAAGUGAUAAAUGUGGUGAAGCAAUCAGGUCUCUCCAGGAAUCAGAAAAAUUUUAUGCCAAGGCUGAAGCACUGUGCAAAGAGUAUGGAGAAACCAAAGGACCUGGAACAACAGCCAAACCUUCGGGACAUCUGUUCUUUAGAAAACUUGGAAGUCUAGUGAAAAAUACUUUAGAAAAAUGUCAGAGAGAAAAUGGAUUCAUAUAUUUCCAAAAAGUUCCAACAGAAGCACCACAACUUGAACUCAAAGCAAACUAUGGCCUUGUAGAGCCUGUAGCCUUUGAAUUUCCUCCUCUGAAUGCACACUGGACACCAGAAAUACUAGCUGCAUUUGAUCUCACCAAGAGGCCAAAGGAUGAUAAUGCCAAACCCAAACCAGAGGAAGAAUUGAAACCAGUCAAAGAACCAGAUAUCAAACCACAGAAGGAUAGUGGCUGCCAUAUUUCCUAGAAGGCCAUAGAAACAGGAAACUCCUCUCUUAAGUGGAUUGGGUUAACUCUGGGACUGGAUUCUUUUUUGUGAUUCCUCGGGAGACUGAAGAGUAAUUUGCUUCUUUUCGUGGGUCUUCAACUAUUUCAACACUCACUUUUUAAUAGGGUGGGGUUUUUUUAGUGCUUUAUUUCUCUGUGUCCACUUUAGUCAGUUCACUAGACUAGCUUCUUACAGACCUUACUUUGACUUGAAGAUAUGGGAAGAGUGUUUUUUGGAGAGCUCUAGAGUAGUAAUAGGUUUCAGUUUAAUAUAUUAAAUUAUAAAAAAGAAUCAUUUCUCCUUGUCACAAGAAGAUUUGUUUUCAUUUCCCAUCUGUCAUUGAAAUUAGAGGAGAGGUACAGAUAAGAGUCGACAAAGAAAAAAACAGUUCUUGCUUCCUUAUGGCUAUAUUGUAUCAUGGCACAAACCUGUAACACUCCCAAGCCAUUUAUUAUUUCUCAUGUGAAACAACUUUUAUAUUAUGGAAGAAUCUGAAAAUUAUUAGUAGUUAGGCUCCUUGAUACAUAUUUGCCUAACAUUAAUAUUUUUAAAACUAGAAUUGCAGUGUACAUGUUAGAACAUUAAGAUAAGUCUGAAUUUUAUUUCUAGUUAACAUAGGCUUUACUUUCUUGGAAUGAAUAUUUAUUUUAAAUCCCUUUUUAGAGAGCUUAUGUGACUUAAGGAACUAAUUUGUGUGUAACAAGCUUUAUAUAUCUAUAUGAAAGAAGGUAAAAAGAAAUUAGCCCUUGGAAAUUAUAUGCCAUACAAUAAUGCAGAAAAUGUUUAGAAGCUUGAAGAACUACCUCUUUGGAAUUACACUGGUUACCUUUUAUUUCUGUUUCAAAGUGUCCAAGUCAGUUGGUUUUGGACUUGAAUAUGUUCUCUUCAUAAGGCUUUCAAUAAUAGUCUAUAUAUCAUGUCAGAAUGAAUGAAUAAAAAGAAUUAAUUAAGUGCUUACUACCCAUUGAGCACUGUGCUAAGCACCUUUAAAGAUACAAGUAAAAAAAAAAAAAGACAGUCCUAACUCUCAAGGAGCUCACACUUAGUGAAGGAGACAGUAUAUAAAAGAAAGUUCCCCUGCAGGGCAGAAGGAAAGGGCUGGAAGUCUUAAGGGUGCUUCAGCAAAGUGGAUGACACAGCCCAGAGGUCCUUAGGUAUGUCAGGAAAUCAGAUGACUGCCCAUGGGUCUGUUGGGAAUAUUGGAAAGACUGACAUCAUGACCAGUUAGACCUUAGUAUUGCUUUCUUCGAGAGAAUAUUUCAGGACUGAGAGAGCAAGGAGUUAGAUAAAAGGUGAACCGUCUGUAAAUUAGAGAGCUCCAAGCAAAGCAAAGUUAGUGUAUCUAAGUAAUGAUAUUUACAUAAAGUGUCGGUCGUUGAAAUUUAGAUCUAGAAAAAGACCUUAGAAAUGGAUCAUUUAGUCUAAUUCCUUCCUUUGUAACAUUUGAUUAUUUCGCCGUUUUAACACUUUACUAAAUGGUGCAUCACUAUAUAUAUGUACAGAAACCUUUUUGGUUUUGAACUGUUUGUGUAUGUUUUACUUUGAGAAAGUUACCAGAGGUUUGAUGUGAGCCAUACUGAUCAAACAUUAAUGUUUCAUAUAUCAUUGACUGUGGUAGUCAAGCCUAACACUAACAUUUGCUGUGCUCUGCACGUAGAACUUUUUCAUGUAUUUUAUGUAUUAGUGCAUUUCACCCUAGUUUUUUUCAUUUUUCAUACUGAACGUUUUAUAUGAUUCCUCCUCCCAUGCAUAAAAUGUGUCAUUUCUUUUUUGUAAGAUAUUGUAAAUACCAAGAUUAAUGAUUGGCAGCUUUGUAAAGGGUAGGAAAUGAAUGUCCUCUUUAAAGCUGACUUACAGCUAGAAUCUUCUAUCAUAAAAUUUCGACAUCAUGUUUAGAGAUUUUUUUAAAAAUAAAGGCGAAGGGAUUACAUGAAGGUUAGGCAUGUAUGUUGUUAGCUGUUCCACCUAAUUAUUGUCUGAUUUAAGCCAGUUCUGGUCUUUUGUAACUGUCUUAUACUGAAGGCAUUGAUUCUAUAGGCAGUUACUGUGCCACCCACCCUUUUUUAAGAAGAGAAAUUUUACAAAUCAAGUUCUUUAGGAUUUUAAGUUCUAUUUCACAUUGAAUAUUUAUGCUUAUACUAAGUUAAUAAGAUACCUAAUGUGCAACAAAAUCAUGAUUUUUCACAGUAAAGUUUUUAAAAGGUAUAUAUAUAAUGUGGGUAUAUAUAUAUACAUAUAGUCAUUGUAUCAGUUUAAUGUUACUUGAUUUCAUGCACUAUUUAAUUCUGUUUUAAUUAUAUAUGUCUGCAUGCACUCUUUGAUAUGAUGAGUUUUCAUCUGCCCAUCUUGGUAGAAUUGGCCUGGGUCUAUAGCUGGUAUUAAUAUGUAGCAUAUGUAAUAUGAUGCAGUAUUCUGAGCACAUGGCCAGAAAGAAAACUUACCAUCAUUUCUACAAUGUUGUGCAGCAAACUUUGCACUUUACAAAAUUAAUAUUGUAUUUCCAGUGCUAUAUAAAAGUGCUUGUAAUUAUUCUUUUCUCUUUGUUGUACUGGUCACAUUAGGAUACAAUUAAUGUUCAGACGAAAAUAUCUUUAGUGUAUAUUUUACGCUUUUCAAAAAAUAAAUUUGUAGUGCCACCUUGGAUAAUCUUAA